AGACUAGACUUGGUGUUCCUCCUCGAUUCUUCACUGCUUGUGACGCAAGACAACUUUACAAAUUUCUUGUACUUUGUCCGAGGCGUUUCUGAGACCUUGAAUGUAUCUCGAGAAGAAACUCACGUUGCUCUAGUAUUGUUUGGCGAUGUAGCAGAAAUCAAGAUCAAUUUCAAUGAUAACCUAAACCAAUCUGCUCUGGAGGAGGCCCUUGAUCACAUUCCAUAUAAGGCCUACCUUCAAACCAACAUGGGAAAUGGUCUGUUGGCUGUUGCCUCUGUUUUCAGUUCAGAUGAAGCCCGUUCCAAUGCUACAAGAGUGUUGGUUAUUUUGACUGCAACUACAGCACAGGAUGAUACAGAGGUGCCUUCGUUCAACCUGCUAAGGAAUCAGAACGUCACUGUCUUUAGUAUUGGAGUUGGUGUUCGAGUCAGCUUGGGACAACUGAAUGAAGUUGCGUCUGACCCUGACAGUUACCACGUGCUUUCUCUCAGUUCGGGAAAUGACCUA